AUGUCGUCCCUCUGCUUAAAUAGACUUCAAGAAGAAAGAAAACAAUGGCGAAAAGACCACCCGUUUGGCUUCUUCGCCAAACCAAGUAAAACCAGCGAUGGCAAACUUGAUCUUAUGACAUGGAAUGUUGGCAUUCCAGGCAAGGCUGGAACGAUAUGGGAAGGUGCGACUUACCCUCUGACAAUAGUCUUUACAAACGAGUACCCGACCAAGCCUCCCAAGUGUCGCUUUGACGCCAACUUUUGGCACCCUAACGUGUACCCCUCGGGCACUGUGUGCUUGAGUAUAUUGAACGAAGACGAGGACUGGCGACCAGCUCUUACCAUGAAGCAGAUUCUUCUUGGUAUCCAGGAACUGCUUGAUACCCCCAAUCUUGAUUCGCCGGCGCAGGCAGACGCGUUCCACACAUACAAGAAAAAUAGAGCUCUCUAUGAAGACAAGGUCCGGGAUCAAGCUAAGAAGUAUGCUAAAUAG